AAUACAGGGAGAGCCUGUCAUGAAAAGCAAGCACCCCCCUUAUCACCCACCCUUGCGCAGGUGCCCAGCUCAGUCCACUCUAGGUGAAAAUGCCAGUAAGAGUUUUGCGUUUCUGCCUCUUCCUCGCUGCCCUCCACAUGAGGUGCGUUCCCGGCGGGGCAUUGGAUGAAGCGCCCUUCGAGUUGAAGGAUUUAUCCCGAGCUCCUGCGUUUUCUCCUCACAAAAAGGCGCCACAGUUUAUGUUGGGACUGUUUAACGCCGUGUCCGUGGACCACGGGACGCACAAAAGCCAGAAGGAGAUACUAGAAGGGAACACGGUGCGCAGUUUCCAGGAUAAAGGACACACUGGGCAGAGGGUGCACUUUUUCAACUUGUCCUCCCUGGGCAGAGAGGAGAAAAUGAUCAAAGCUGAAUUCCGCUGGUUCCGAAAGAAACAGACGUUCUACCUCGGGAACUCUCACGGCCCUCAUUUCUAUAAGGUGGAUGUAUAUGAGGUGCUGGACAGCAGAGUAAAACCACAGAGAGGAAACCUCAUCACCUCCAGGCUGGUGACUUCGCAUACACAAGGAUGGGAAGUGUUCAAUGUCACUCACAUGGUAUCUAAAUGGAUCCAGAAUAGUGAGGAGCAUGGCAUCCUGGUGGUGAUAACAUUUCUCCAUGGUGACUGCAUAACGUCUGGAUCCAAGCAGCUUGAGUUGACAGAUGCAAGCGCCUACCUGGUCAUAUUCUCAGACGAUCGUAGGACUGAAGCAAACCAGUCAAACCUAGGACAACCUACAGCAGCAGCCCCUGAGCCUGAGGACCAUAUCAACAGGAGGAGACGUUCAUCCUUAGAGUUCCCUCCCCGUGGUCGUUCACAGUCCUGCCGGCGGGUCCCCCUCUUCGUCGACUUUGAAGAGAUCGGCUGGUCAGGCUGGAUCAUCUCUCCUCGCGGCUACAACGCCUACCACUGCAAAGGUUCCUGUCCGUUUCCGUUGGGAGUAGGCCUUAGGGCCACCAACCACGCCACAGUGCGCUCCAUCAUGCACACGCUCAAGCUUCCUGGGGAGGACGUGGGAGCCCCCUGCUGCGUGCCCGACAGACUGCAGUCAAUCAGCUUGUUGUAUUUUGACGAUGACGAGAAUGUGGUUUUGAAGCAGUAUGAUGACAUGGUGGCGUUAAGCUGCGGCUGUCACUGACUAUGUUUGGCUCCUGCACUCUUAAAGACUGAGGCAUAGAGAGGAGGUGAAGGGAAUGGAGUCGCUCAGCUGAUUAGACUAUGUUUCCCUGUAUAUGUUUAAAUAAUGAUUUAUUUUAAGAAAUAAAAAGG